AUGGACCAGCAAGGACAAUCUGGCCCAAUGGCUCCCGGCGGUCGAAGACUGCAUAUUGCACAUCGACGAAGCCCAUCGGAGCUCACACCGCUUAUGAUGGAACAACUUGCCAUCGCUCAGCAGAUCGAAGCCUUGCAACAGCAGCAACAGCAAAUCGCUGCUACCUCCCAAUACCUCAAUAUGGGCAUGAUGCAUGGCCAGCAAAUUCCUGGCCAGCAGAUGCCAGGCCAGCAAAUUCCCAAUCAGCAGAUGCCUGGCGGUGGCUUCCCGAUCACUGGUCAAAUGGCCAAUGUCUCUCCUCACGGGAAUCAGUUUCAGUUUCCGCAGCAGAUGGGAGGACAACACCUCCAAGUUCCUAUGGGUGCACCGACCCAGCCAGGAUCUCACCGUCGAAACCAAUCGUCUGCCAGCGCCCUGGGACCGCCACCCGCUCCUUCUUCCGGUGCAUCCGGUUUCGGAGAAUUCAAUAACAACAACCAAGGCGAGCGCCGAGAGAACCAGAACCCGCGUGGUGGACGCGGAGGCAAUGGUGGAAGCGGACACGCCCGUCGUCACUCUUUAGCGCUUCCCGAAGCCAAGAAGGCCGCCGAAAUCGCGGAACAGAAACGGCGAACCACGAACUUCCAGUUUCCGGGGCCCGCUGCGGAUAAUGCCGCACCGCCUGCCCCCGCUACAGGCGCUGGUGAAGCACAAACACCCCAACUUGCCCCCACUGGUUCUGGUCGUGGACGUGGCUCCGGCCAUGGUCGCAGCCAGAGCAUGGCAGUUGGCAACUCCAAGGGUCGUGGCGGAAGCUUCCAAUUCCCUCAAAGCGGCGAUGUCGGUGACUCCACGCGCAGAAGCGGCCAACACAGCCGUACCGGCUCGAGAAACUUUGAAGGCAAUUGGCGUCAACCCAACAACCAGCAACCCCCUCCCCAAGAACCACAGCAAUCAAUGGGAAAUUUCCAGAACCCUAACGCCCAGCCUUUCCAGCCUAGCCAUCGUACCCGCGGCUCGAUGCAGAGCAUGGGAUCUCUUGGCAACUUCCAAUACCAAGGACAGCCCCAAAUGUUGCAGCUCCAGCAGGGUAUGAUGCCUCAGUUCGGAAUGCAAAAUAUCAACCCCAUUCAGUUUGCGCAAUUGCAAGCGCUUCAAGCUGCACAGAUGAAUGGCCAGGGCCUUCAAGCAAGUCAGCAUGCUCCUCAGAACAUGCCGAUGCAACAACAAAACCAGCAACAACGAAAGACGUUAUUCACUCCUUACCUUCCUCAGGCAAGCCUGCCCGCUCUUUUAGGUCAAGGCCAGCUCGUCGCUGGCAUACUUCGUGUCAACAAGAAGAACCGAAGCGAUGCUUACGUCACUACUCAAGACUUGGAUGCCGACAUCUUCAUUUGCGGCAGCAAGGAUCGAAACCGUGCCCUCGAAGGCGAUCUUGUUGCGGUCGAACUUCUAGAUGUUGAUGAAGUGUGGGGACAGAAGCGAGAGAAAGAAGAAAAGAAGAAACGCAAGGACCACACUGAUUCUCGCGGUGGAGGCAUUGCCGUCAACGAUGCGACCACACAGCCCGAGAGCUCCCAGUCUGCGGCGGACGGAGGCAUCCGCCGACGUGGCAGCUUGAAGCAGCGACCGACUCAGAAGAAGAACGACGAUGUCGAGGUCGAGGGUCAGAGUCUCUUAUUGAUGGAAGAAGAGGAAAUCAACGAUGAGCAGAAGCCCCUGUAUGCAGGUCACAUUGUGGCCGUCGUUGAACGGAUUGCGGGGCAGAUGUUCUCUGGAACUCUCGGAUUGCUUCGUCCUAGCAGCCAAGCCACCAAGGAGAAGCAGGAGGCCGAACGCGCCGCCCGCGAAGGCCACAACUCUCGUCCUCAUCAACAGGAGCGCCACCAAGAUAAGCCGAAGAUUGUCUGGUUCAAGCCGACCGACAAACGUGUUCCUCUUAUCGCCAUCCCCACUGAGCAAGCGCCUCGGGAUUUCGUUGAGAAGCACCAGGAUUAUGCGAAUCGUAUCUUCGUUGCGUGCAUUAAACGAUGGCCCAUCACUUCUCUCCAUCCCUUCGGCACCCUUGUCGAACAGCUUGGCGAGAUGGGCGAUCUCACCGUGGAGACCGAUGCACUUCUCCGCGAUAACAAUUUCGGCCCGGACAAUUUCUCCGAUGCCGUGCUGAACAAUGUUGGAUUCGAGAAUUGGACCGUUUCCACCGAAGGCCGCAAGGAUCUGCGCGAUGAGCCAGUCUUUACCCUCGAGCCUAGAGGCUGCAAAGCACUUGACAACGCUCUCCACGUCAAGGUUCUCGAAGAUGGCACGAUCGAACUCGGCGUUCACAUUGCGGACGUGUCUCAUUUCAUCAAGGCUUCGUCUCUUGUGGACCGUGAGGCGAAGAAGAGGGCAACGGCCGUCUAUUUGAUGAAUCGCACGGUGAACAUGCUACCCCCUCGUCUGUCCAGCCAGCUUUGCUGCCUCACUCCCGGUGAGGAUCGCUAUACUGCUAGCGUCAUAUUCAAGAUUGACCCUACAUCUGGCCGCGUCCUUGAAGACAAGACCUGGAUUGGCAAGGCUAUUGUCAAGAGCACUGUGAACGUUCCAUUUGAAGACAUCGGUGCCAUUCUGAGCGAAAAUGGAGACGUUUCCCUCGAUGCCAAUCGUGUCAACGACGUCAAGCUUCUGAAUUCCAUCGCCCAGAAGCUCAAGCAGAAUCGAUUUGGCGAUGUCACCACCGAUAUUCCUCCUCUUCGCUUGCUGUAUCAGCUUGACGACGAGAAUGUUCCUGUUGAAAAGAACAUCUUCGACACGAGCGCGGCACACGAGCUUGUCGAAGAGAUUCACACCCUCACCAACGGGACUGUCGCGAGGAAGAUCCUUGAAGCCAUGCCAGAGAAGGCAAUGCUUCGCAGACAGGCCGAUCCCAACCCCCGACGUUUGAGAACGUUCGCCGAGAGAAUGAACGCUAUCGGCGUAGAGAUUGACAUCACUAGCAGCAGCACCCUUCAGAACAGUCUCUUCAACAUCGACGAUGUGGACACUCGCAAGGGAGUCGAGACACUGCUCAUCAAGUCUAUGCAGCGCGCCAAGUACCAUGUGGCUGGCAAGAGCACUCCCGACUUGAAGUCUCACUUUUCUCUCAACAUGGGCGUGUACACUCAUUUCACGAAUCCGUCGCGCCGAUAUGCCGAUGUGAUUGUCCAUCGACAGCUCGACGCUAUCCUCAGUGACAACGUUGACGGUUUCUCCGAGGAUGUUGAAGCCCUCAACAAGACCGCUGAUCAUUGCAACACCAAGAAGGAUUCCAGUCACUUCGCCCAAGAGCAGAGCGUCCACAUCGAGGCGUGCCGUCUCAUGGACAAGCACAGCAAGGAACUUGGCGGGGACCUCAUCAGCGAGGGCAUCGUGCUUUGCGUCUACGAGUCGGCCUUCGAUGUCCUCAUUCCCGAAUGGGGUUUCGAAAAGCGCGUUCACUGCGACCAGCUGCCGCUGAAGAAGGCCGAAUUCGACAAGAACAAGCGCCUUCUCGAGCUUUUCUGGGAGAAGGGGGUUCCGUCCUCGGCCUACAUUCCGGAGGACGAACGUCCCAAGAACCACUCCUCGUUCAAGCGCUACGAGGCUCCGAAGCCGUCCAAGGAUACCGAGGAAGCGCAACGCAAGCAGGUCAACACAGGUACCAUUUCCACGGACGAUGUUGAUGCCCUUUUCGACGACAGCGACGAUGAGUCCACCAACGGCGUCAACGCGGAAAUGCAGGGUGUGUCCCUCAACCCCGUCGCCGGUGCCGACCGCCCAACGCAAAGCAUGCCGCCUUCCCCGACCCGCAACGGGCUGGUCGCCGGUGGACAGACGCCGCACCGCACCAAGUCCGAUUCGAAGCUGUCGAAGAGCGCGACGGAUACACCGGGAGUGAAGUUGACGAACAAGGAGAAGUACUUGGACCUGUUCACGCUACGAGAUGAGAAUGGAGAUUGUGUGCAGGAGGUGCGCGAGUUGACCCGGGUGCCGAUUAUUCUAAAGACGGACUUGUCCAAGAGCCCACCUUGCUUGACUAUUCGGUCUUUGAACCCUUUUGCCCUCUAA